AUGGCACCCCGGCGCAAAGCAUCGUCGGUCCCCGAGGGAUACAAAGAAGACCUCUCCAAGGGCAAAAUGCUCCGUUUCGAAGACUCCCUUCCCCGUCUACCCGUCCCCUCGUUAGAAGAAACCGGCCGUCGCUACCUUAAAUCCGUUCACGCCGUCGUCUCCGAGGCCGAAUAUGAGCGCACAAAGAAGGCCGUCGACGCCUUCAUUCGCCCUGGAGGCGAGGGCGAGUCCCUGCAGGAAAGGCUGCUUGCCCGCGCCGCCGACCCCAAUACCAAGAACUGGAUUCUAGAGUGGUGGAAUCAUGCGGCUUACUUGGGCUACCGGGACCCCGUCAUCCCCUACGUUUCCUACUUCUACUCCUACCGCGAUGAUCGCGCCCGUCGAAACCCCGCCAAGCGGGCCGCCUCCGUCACCACCGCCGCCCUGGAGUUCAAGCGCCAGGUGGACGAUGGCUCCCUGGAGCCCGAGUACAUGCGCGGCCAGCCUAUCGCCAUGUCCUCCUACGAGUACAUGUUCAACUGCUGCCGUAUGCCCGGCGACAGCGUCGACUACCCCCAGAAGUUCCCCGCCCAGGAAAACGAGCAUAUCGUGGUCGUGCGCAAGAACCAAUUCUUCAAGGUCCCUCUGGUCGUAAACGGCAGGCGCCUGAACAACACCGAGCUGGAGCGCCAGUUUGAGCGCAUCUACGAGGUUGCUCAGCCGUCCCCGGCGGUCGGCGUGUUGACCGUCGCUAACCGAGACCUGUGGGCCGAUGCUCGGAAGAAGCUGCUGGCAGCACACCCCGCCAACAAGCAGGCGCUGCGGGACAUUGAGUCCAGUGGGUUCGUGGUCUGUCUGGACAAUGCCACUCCCGUCACCCUGGAGGAGCGUGCGCACCAGUACUGGCACGGCGAUGGCACCAACCGCUGGUUCGACAAGCCUCUGCAGUUCAUCAUCAACGACAAUGGCACCGCCGGGUUCAUGGGCGAGCACAGCAUGAUGGACGGCAGCCCCACCCACCGCCUCAACGAUCACCUCAACAACCUCAUUUUCAACCACAAGAUCGACCUCUCCGAGCAGCCGGUGCGGUCCGAUCUCCCCGACCCUCGCCCCAUCACACUCCACUUGGACGGCCCAGUCCUGGAGGCGAUCGACGCGGCCAACAAGGAACACCGCCAGCAGAUCUCGUCCCAUGAGCUCAAGGUCCAGGCCUACCAAGGCUACGGCAAGGGCCUGAUUAAGAAGUUCAAGUGCAGUCCGGAUGCGUACGUCCAGAUGAUCAUUCAGCUGGCGUACUUUAAGAUGUACGGCAAGAACCGCCCGACCUACGAGUCUGCCUCCACGCGCAAGUUCCAGCAGGGGCGUACCGAGACAAUUCGGACGGUGUCGGACGACAGCGUUGCCUUUUGCAAGGCCAUCAGCGACCCGGCCGUUCCUCGCGAGGAAGCCGUCCGUCUGCUGCGCACGGCUCUGGCCGCCCACACCAAAUACACGACGGAAGCCAGCGAUGGCCGUGGUGUUGACCGCCACCUCUUCGGCUUGAAGAAGCUGCUCCGCGAGGGCGAGAAGCUGCCUGCUCUGUACGAGGACCCAGCAUUCGCAUACAGCAGCUCGUGGUACCUAUCCACUAGCCAGCUGAGCUCGGAGUUCUUCAACGGCUACGGAUGGAGCCAGGUGAUUGACGAUGGAUUCGGUAUUGCAUACAUGAUUAACGAGAACAGUUUGAACUUCAACAUUGUCUGCAAGCGCCUUGGUGCGGAGCGGAUGAGCUACUACCUGAACGAGGCGGCAUCAGACAUGAGGGAUAUGUUGAUGCCUGACUUGGCUGCCCAGGCCGAGAAGGCCAAGAUGUAA